CCUUAUGCAGGAGUCCUUUGAAAUCCUUGCUCAUGCCGGCAUCUCAACCAUGGAAAGCUAUAAUGAGGGGAUGUGUAGUCAGUGCUUAUGUAUCAGUCUAGAUUCUCCAACCCCGAUCAGUGUAUAUCAAAUAUCGUGUCCCCGAGGACGCGUCUGAGUCAGUAAGGUUAAUUAUUUUUGUCAAAUUAUAGGAUUAAGAUAUUCUUCGCGUUUGAACAAGUUGACAAGAUGCCUUGGGGAAUACUUGAGGAUACGCUCAUGGACCAUGUCCCCGGCACAAUCAUACUUGCCGAUCAGUCUGAUGUACCAGAGGAAUAUCGAAACAUCUCCCGAGAUCUACUCAAGCACGGUACUGGGAGGCACUCGCAUAUCAUAUUAGCCCCUCAGCCAACCGACUCCCCUAAUGACCCUCUUAACUGGCCAACAUGGAAAAAAGACGUUAUUCUCGUCAUCGUCGGUCUAUCCGCUGGUGUUGUUGGUGCAUACGGUCCAAUGCUUUCACCAGGUUUCGUCGAGAUCGCUGCAGCGCUCGGUAUUACGGUCAAUACACUAUCGCAAGCAACGGCCUGGGUAGUCUUGAUGAUCGGCCUCUCGCUGUUCCUGUUCAACCCUCUGGCUAAAAAGAUUGGGCGGCGACCGGUAUAUAUUCUGUCGAGCAUCAUCAUGCUUUCUGGGAGUAUCUGGGGAGCUCUUGCGAAAGAUUAUAGCAGCUUCUUGGGUAGCAGAAUCUGGAGCGGUCUGGGCAUGGCUCCGUAUGAAGUCCUUGUCCAGUGCACCAUAGCUGACACCUAUUACGUGCAUCAACGUGCAACCAGAAUUGCGAUCUGGAACAUGUUCUUGUUGUGUGGUAUCAGCGGCGGCGCCCUCAUCGCUGGCUAUAUCAUCCAGGAUCAAGGUUGGCAGUGGACUUUGAUUUGGUGUGCUAUUCUUUUCGGCAUCUUACUCCCUCUAGUCAUCCUUUUCGUCCCCGAAACAGCAUACAGAAGGAAGUCAUAUGAACAACAACUAGCAGACCAAGGCGCCACUAGCCAAAAGACAAAAUUGGAGGCUUCGGAGAAGAAAGAAAUAUCAUCUGGACAAGAUGAGAAUGCGAAUGCAGAAACGAUAGAAACCGGAGUGGUGACAGAACGUAAAGAAUCAUACCUACAAAGUCUGAGACCGUGGGGUGGUAUCUAUACCGAUACACCCCUCUGGAAGAUUUUCCUGCGUCCAAUGGUGAUCUUCUUCUACCCGGCCGUCCUUUGGGGAUUCUUGCUUUAUGGAAUAACUUUGUCCUGGAUAGUUGUCUUCAGCGUCGUCAACGCCGUGAUCUUCACCGCACCGCCAUAUAACUUCUCAGUUUCCGAAACGGGUCUCAUUUCGCUCUCCCCUUUUAUUCUUACCCUCAUUGGAGAGCUCAUUUCUGGACCAUUGAACGAUUGGAUUUGCAUGUACUUGGCCAAGAAGAACCACGGAAUCUAUGAGCCCGAGUUCCGACUGCCACCUAUUAUCAUUUCAUUCCUGAUUGGUAUCGUGGGCUUCUUCGGAUUCGGUGCUACUGUCCACUUUCAAACCCACUGGUCCGGGCCCGUUUUAUGUUUUGGAUUGGCAAAUAUGAGUCUCGCCUUAUCUAAUGCGAGUGUUUUCGGAUAUAUCAUCGAUUCUCAUAAAGAGUUGAGUGAAGAAGCAUUUGUGGCAAUCAAUGCCCGAAACCUGCUCACUUUCGGUCUAACCUACUUCGUCAACGAUUGGCUAGCAAGAGAUGGCGUCCUAAGCGUGUUCAAUGUGCUUGGAGGCGUAUUUAUCGCUGUCAAUCUUUUCACGAUUCCGUUGUGGAUUUUCGGGAAGCGGAUUCGUAGCUACAUCGCGAGGAAUAAGACCCUGCAUGGAUUUAUGCACGAGGAUUAGAGCUAUAGAUGGUUGUCGAAAUGUAUUAUUGGACGAGUAGUUAGGAUAAUAUAAGUUGAUAUAAGUUGGUAUAUGAUUUAGUACAUAUGAAUUUGCUUCAAUAAAGACGAGAUAAAGAUGAG